GUGCCCAUGACACCAAAAAGCAUGUUUAUUUCAUACUUUCCGCGGUAUUUUAUGCUCCUGAAUGAAACAGACCGCUUGGAUGUGUGUGGAAGCGAUCGUUAUAUUUAUUCAGUUUUUUGAAUCCCGCGCUACGAAAAUGACAGACUUCCGGCUGUGAUCUCGGAUUUAGGAAGAAGGCGGAUGUGACGUGUACGGUAGAAGACCUCUUCGCUAGCUACCCGUGCUGUUGUGUGAGAAGGACUGCGGAUUCGUCUAAUUUAGCAGAGUAUUUCCUUUAUUUUUCGCACCAUGCCGAAACGAUGCGUUGCAGGCUUUUGUUCCAACGUCACGGGGAGUGAUGUGAGCCUUUUUCGGUUCCCAAGAGAUCCCGUUCGCCGGGAAGCAUGGGUAAAGCAAGUACAACGAACGAGGGACAAUUGGUCACCAUCCAAAUCCUCAGCGUUGUGUUCGGAUCAUUUUACUGAAGACUGUUUCGACCCUGUUCCUCUGCGGAAAGUUGAGAUGGGACUUUCAGUGCAACAUGCCAGAACCCUACUUGACACAGCUGUGCCAACAAUUUCCCCCCGUCCUCAACAUGGAGCUAGCGGCAGUGGGCAAAGCGCUCACAAAUCUCUGAAGAGGAAGUCCGCUGCCAUUGAUAAGCGGACGAAAAAGGCUGCAGUUGAAUCGAUGAUACAAGAAUACCAGGCCCAUUCAAAGACACAGUGCGAAAGUGUUAAUCCAGACGCGGAUAAUCCUGAGUUGGAAGAAUUUGCCGCUGGGCCAGCUCCUAAAUCGGUCGACGAGUCCUGUCAGGUUUGUCUUUUGCCACCAAGUCAGACUGUUGCUGUUAGUGCUGCUUUGCAACCUCAAAGACGACAUAAAGGUGUCCAGACAACAUCCGGGCCCCUCAUGAUGACUGUGGGUACCCAAACCUGCGUUGUUCACUCAGAGCUGAAUGUUACCAUCGACAGCUGGGACUCGGAUGAAGAAAUGUUGGUGUGCGAGGCUGAUUCUGAGUAUGACCUACCCACCGCACCUUCUGACUGCGAGUCCAGCGAGUCCGAUUGUCCUGAUAUGGCUGCGGCCGACCCUGCGCCAGUUCCCAGCCGGGUAUAUCUAAUCUACUGGGUCGCCCUCAUUCAGCUCAUUAGCCAGUGGGUCAGUUGUCCUGCGUGUGCCUGCAAGAAGGUCAACUGGGUCCCUUCUGAGGUCGGUACCAUGUUGGUGCUGGCCUUGAAGUGUGCUGAGCCUGGAUGUGGUCACACCGGAACAUGGAACUCCCAACCAUAUGUCGGCAGAAUUGCUGCUGGAAACAUAUUUCUUUCUGCAGCCAUUUUAUUUGCUGGUGCAACUGUGGGCAAAGUUCUGCGUGUGUUAUCUCACAUGGGUGUAGCUGUUUACUCCACUCGGUCGUACUUUCGCCAUCAAGAACGCUACCUUCACCAAGCCAUCAAAAGCGUGUGGCGAGAGCGGCAAAUCUGGCUGUUGAGCCAUCUACAAGCUGAGGGAGAGGAAAUUGUUUGUGGUGGCGACGGACGAGCUGACUCACCCGGUCACAGUGCAAAAUACGGGACUUACACGAUGAUGGAACUGCGGAAGCUAACCAUCUUGGAUGUGCAGAUUGUGCAGAGUAACGAGGUAGGAGGUAGCUACCACAUGGAGCCCGAAGGACUGGUUCGGUCACUGCGUGUGCUCGAGGAGUUUGUGCGUGUGGGAACUCUGGUGACAGAGGUGUGACUGUCAACAAGCUCGUCCGAGAACAGUUCCCACACAUUGAGCAUCUUUUUGACAUCUGGCAUAUUGGCAAAGGUUUGAAGAAAAAGUUGCAGAACCUCUCUAAGCUGCGUGGAUGUGAAGCCCUAAAACCCUGGAUUGGCAGUAUCAUCAACCAUUUAUAUUGGUCCGUGGCGUCAACGCGACCUGGGGACCCCAGACUCAUCCUCGACAAGUGGGAG